UCUCCGCGAUUCCUCAAUAUUGCAAUCAACUGCAAUUGCUGCAAAAGUGUAAGUUCAACCGACAGAAAUAAGACAUAAAGGGCUGAAGGUCGAUACGAAGUAAAGCAAAACACACAUCUUUUGUCAUUAGAACGAAAGCUGCCAUUAUCCAAAGAUUAUCCCAAUAAAUUCGAUUUUGCUUCUAUUUAUUGUCUAGGAUUAAUGAGGAGUAAGAGAAAGCAAAAACAGACUCUUAAUAUAAUACAAGAAACAACAAGGCAUGUUUCGGAUACCAAAGUCUACAAUGCCUGUACCAACUGCAACAAUAAUUACAAAACGUUCCAAGCAGGCUCAAAGUUGUCUCUAUGCAUCCUAUGAAUGUACACAAUCUAGUCUGGAAGGAUAUUCAUAUUGCGCCAAGCAUAUUCUCGAGGAUUCCAGUGCGCCUUACAAACAAUGUGCAUUUGUAUACAAUACUAAUGGAAGAAAGUGUCAGAAUCCAGCCCCAAAAUUGGAUAGAAGAGAUGUCUCAUACUGUAGUGAACACUCUAGAAAAGCACAAAUUGCCCGGAUUAAAUCAACAUCACGGCGUUCUUUACCAGAAACACCUGAGAUGCUGCUGCUUAAUUUAAGCCAUUAUGUCAAGCCAGUUGAUUCUACUGAAGAUACAGAACAGGAGAAACGAAAAGUGAAAGCUUUAGAUCCUUUUACCGAAGUUGAUGCUUACAGAGUAAAUGCAAGUGGAAGUGACAUCUUAGAUUAUGCCAGUUCGUCAGAAAGUGACGUUGAACCUACAGUCGUCACUGACACCUUGAGAGGAGUUCAUCUCGAUGAUAGUGAUAAUGAAAGUUUACACAGUCCACAAGAGGAUCCCCUGAAUAUUAAUUUUUUAAGGCACGCUGGUAUCUUCACCGCAGAAGAGGUAAUUUAUAUCGCGAGAGAAAAACUAAUUAGACUUCAAUCUCUUUAUAUCGAUCAAUUCAGAAGACUUCAAUAUAUACUAAAGGAGAAAAGACGAAAAUAUUUACUCGCUCUGAAGAAAGAAAAAGAAACAUUAUGUAGUAUAUACAGUCAAAAAAGAGAAACUGCAAAAGAGAAAAAACUUUAUGAGAAACUAAAAGCUUUAAAUCGUUAUCACAGACGGAGUGGUGUUGAAGCGAUACUUUAUAGAAAGUCAUUAGAACGUCGCGCACAGGUAACCGAGCCUAUUCAAAAACCACCCAAUAUAUCAAAAUGUGUAUUCACCGAAGGUGGUGUAAAAUGUGGUGAAAGAACGCUUCCGUCGGCUAAGCAUUGUCGUAAACAUAUAUUAAAGGAUCAACAUCAAGUUUUAUUCAAAGCAUGCGGAGCUGUACGAGCGGACAUCGAAUGUCACGAACCGGUGCCGGUGAUUUUCGAUUCGAAUUGUGUAUUUCACAUGAACUUGCCACCGCCGUGUAAACUGGAACCUAUGAAGUUCGAGGAGGAAAAACUCGUAAAGCAAGAAGCAUCAAUGAUCGAUAGUCAAUCGAUGGAAAUUGACGUGGUGGGCGAAGCACAAGAAAUUGAUCCUGAUGACGAUAUGGCGGGAUUGAUGAGGGAAAUGAAUGAUUCCGUUAAUUUAAAACCUUCAUUUGCAAAUGAAAGCUUGAAUAGUGAGACUAGUACGGAUACGGCAUUCAGUUUGUCAGCGCAGAUGAGCGAUCGGGAUGAUUUUGUCACUGUAUAACAAUAUUCUUAUAUGAUUUUCAAAAUGGAGUUACUUUUACUGUUAUAUUGUCGCUUGAUGAAAAUGUCACUUUCUGGUAUUUAAAAAAAAAUUGCUAUUUUUUAACCUGGCUAUUUAGUAUUUGAUUACAUACAUACGCACAUACAGCGAACUUAUCUUUCCUUCACAUAUAAUAGAUAUACUUAAAUUAAAUUGUUAAUAUAUUUGUACA